AUGGAAUUGCUACUCCUUCAGACGGUAGCUGCCCAGACGGAACUGAACCCUCUGAUCAUCGGUGGUACACCGGCUUUGCUGGGCGAUUUUCCGGCCUACGUUGGAAUCCACAUCGGUCAACCGCAGACACUGUUCUGCGGAGGAACCAUACUAAACACGAACCAUAUCCUAACGGCGGGAAGCUGUGUCCUGGACGGGCAAAAUCAGCUCCGAGCGGCCAAUCAGUUCGCGUUCCGAAGUGGGAUCGUUGUCAUCGAUGCUGGCGCAGCCACCGGGGCAAUUGAGCGCGUAUUUGUCCACCCACAGUACAAUCCGUUCACUUUCGAAAACGACAUUGCCGUGCUGAGAAUCGUUGGUAGUUUCAACUUUCCGUUGGUGCCCAAUCCGAAUAUUGCUCCGGCCGAACUGCAGGAUCGCAUCGUAGCGGAAAACAGCGACUGCCAGGCGGUUGGCUGGAAUUGGCAGCCUAAUGUGCCCAAUCAAGCUUUACAGCAGCUAAACGUCAUUGUGCACCAACGGGUCGCAUGUAACGCGCUGUUCAAUGGCAUGAUUCAGAAUUCGAUGCUCUGUGUACGAACAGCUAACCAGAAUCAGGCACUCUGUCUGCCGAACCGAGGUGGGGGGCUGUACUGCAAUGGGCGGCUAACCGGGAUCGUUUCGUUCGGGUUGGGAUGUGGUACUAACACAACGGAAACGGCUACCGUAUUCACUCAGGUUCGGUACUAUCAGCCGUGGAUCCUGCAGCAAUUCGUGAGGACGGAUAAUCCGCCACCGGGAACGACACCGAUGCCCGGUAUCGGGGGUGGUUCGGCUAGUCUGCUCGUUUCAGCGGUAACCAUUUUGUUUGCCGGGAUUAUGAUGUUGAUAAUGCGGUAA